UCCUUUGGUAACCUCUUCUUCCUGUUGAUUCACAUGUGGUGAAGACUCAAGUUUUUACAGCGCUCUUCGACAACUGCAUUUAAAGAAGUGUGUGUCAAAUACAAGGAUUUUCAUCCAAAAUGAAGUUCAUCAUCCUCUUCAUCUGCAUACCUUUGGUUUACUCAAAGUUACACAGCUUGAUCAGCACACACACUGAAAUAAACGGACAGACGAUUGCAGGAACUCCAGAGUUUUCUGCUGUAACGACACUGGAUGAUCAACAGAUCGAUUAUUAUGACAGUAAUAUAAAGAACCUGAUUCUCAAACAGGACUGGAUGAAGGAGUUUGCAUCUACAGAAAUGUGGAGGGAAUACACUGAUAUCAGAGAAAAACAACAGCAGAUCUACGAAAUCAACAUUCCCGUUCUAAUGAAGACAUUCAAUCAGACACGCGGUGUUCAUGUGUAUCAGAGGAUGUCUGGCUGUGAAUAUGAUGAUGAGACUGAACACUCACAAGGGUUUGAUCAGCAUGGUUAUGAUGGAGAGGAUUUCAUCACACUGGACCUGAAUGAGUACAGAUACAUCACACCUGUACUACAGGCAAUACCCACAGUGGAGAAGUGGAAUAAUGACAGAGCACAGCUUGAAUUUUUGAGAUACUACUACGAUCAUAAUUGUGUUUACUGGCUGAAGGAGCUCUUGAAGUUCUGGAAAGAGGCUAACAGGAUAAUCGCUCCUGAAGUGUUUCUGUUACAGAAGGAUCCCUUUUCUCCAGUAGUGUGUCAUGCUACAGGUUUCUACCCAUCAGGAGUGACUCUUAGCUGGUUCAGAAAUGGAGAGGAGUACCUUGAGGAUGUGGAUCUAGAAGAGCUUCUGCCAAAUGAGGACGGGACCUUCCAGAAGACAUCUAGCCUUCGUGUUUCUCCAGACGAAUGGAAGAGCGACCAUUUCACUUGUGAGGUGGAGCAUGAGGGAAAAACCAUUGAGAAGAUUCUGACUGACCAAGAGAUCAAGAGCAACUACGGGGCGGAGUGGCAGUCGGGAGUUUCCCCAGUGGGCCGGACCUACCCAAGAAUACAUGUCCUUCUGUGUGUGAUGGGAGUAUUCAUAUUUGUACUGUAGUUCAUAUGAAAAACUAUUUUGAGCAGACGAUCAGUCAAAACGAAAAGCAGAGCUAAAGUGACUAAAAUCUUUGAAGUUUCCUCCAAUCAUCUUCAUGUGAGAGAACAGGAGAUUCCCAGCAUGCUUGUGGGACAGUGGGACCAAAACAUGUUUUAUUUUAGUAGAAAAGCUCCUGUAAAUAUACAUUUUCAAUCAUUUUUUUCAAGUUGUAACUUUACUAAUAUAUUUUUUUUUCAAGUUGUAACCACUGAUUUCAAGUAGUUUAAAGGCUUUUAUGAUUUUAAAUGUUUAAACAUUAAAAUAAAAAUUUAAAG